AUGAGCUUUACUCAACUAUUUCCCCAAUAUAAUUCUAGUUUGAAUCCAUUACGCGGAAGCGCUAUACAAUGUUCAGUUAAAAAAUUACGACAAAACAUGAUAUUGGUGAAUACAGGGCUGAAAACUCCAAUAAUUUGUUUCCAACAUGAGCUGAAAAAAGUGCCAAUCACCAAGCAAACGAGGUUUAUUUUGGGAAUUGAAGAUGUGGAAGUGUUUGGUGAACCAAAAAUGCUUUUGCCAAAACCGCUAGAAAGGAAAUGUAAAAGCAAACUAGUUUGGACUGAACUAACCAAAAUUUGGCGAAGUGACCGGAAUUUGAUCAAAGGGUUUAUUUUGAAUUCGGUCAAAGGAGGUUAUGCGGUAGCAAUCGCAGGUCAUAUAGCUUUUCUUCCAAAGAGUCUUCGCAGAAAUCGAAAAGUAUUUCAUAGUCAAUGGAGAAUCUUCUCCAUUUUGAACAUGAACUCAAAAAUUGGCAAUAUCGUGGUAAAAGAGAUUGGUGAUGGCAAACUAGAUUAUUCUUCGCCGGCAAAACCGCGUCAAAAACAAGUAAAGCGUUUAGGCGCAAAGCGGAAACACUUGCAAAACACGAAAAAAAACACAUUUUUUCAUAAAUAUGAAAAGACCGAAAAAAAAAAAAAAGAAAAAUUCCAGCUUUAUUCCCAUGGUUCUUACGACCCAAAAGACCAAACAAAGCUUAAAGCGCUUAGGCCCAAAGCCUCAAGCCCACACUGA